CCGAGACUGGCCCGAGGAGCCUGUCUGUGGCCCACCUUUCUCCAUGGAUAAAGGACUCGCUUUGCCCCAGGACUGCCGGGACUUUCUGCACAGCCUGAGGAUGAGGAGCAAAUAUGCCUUUUUCCUGGCUUUCGUAGUGGUAGUUUUUGUCUUCAUUGAAAAGGAAAAUAAAAUCAUAUCAAGGGUGUCAGACAAGCUGAAGCAGAUUCCCCAGGUUCUGACAGUUGCCAACAGCACGGAUCCAGCCCUGGUCUUGGCUGAGAACGCAUCCCUUUUGUCUCUGAGCGAGCUUGAUUCUGCCUUCUCCCAGCUGCAGAGUCGCCUGCGAAAUCUCAGCCUACAGCUAGGCAUGGAGCCCAUAACCAAGGCUGAAGGGGAGGAAGAGGAGAAGCCACCUCAACCCCGUGUGGCCUGGCCCCGGCGCCACGUGCUGCUCAUGGCCACCACACGCACGGGCUCCUCCUUCGUGGGCGAGUUCUUCAACCAGCAGGGCAACAUCUUCUACCUCUUUGAGCCACUAUGGCACGUUGAGCGCACGGUGACCUUCGAACCCGGAGGCGCCAAUGCCGCUGGCUCGGCCCUGGUCUACCGUGACGUGCUUAAGCAACUCUUCCUGUGCGAUCUGUAUGUCCUGGAACACUUCAUCAACCCCCUGCCUGAGCACCACCUGACGCCAUUCAUGUUCCGCCGGGGCUCCAGCCGCUCGCUCUGCGAGGACCCUGUGUGCACGCCCUUCGUCAAGAAGGUCUUCGAGAAGUACCACUGCAAGGAGCGCCGCUGCGGCCCCCUCAAUGUGACGCUGGCCGCGGAGGCCUGCCGCCGCAAGGAGCACAUGGCCCUCAAGGCAGUCCGUAUCCGGCAGCUGGAGUUCCUGCAGCCGCUGGCUGAGGACCCCCGGCUGGACCUCCGCAUCAUCCAGCUGGUACGAGACCCCCGGGCUGUGCUGGCCUCCCGCAUGGUGGCCUUUGCUGGCAAGUACGAGACCUGGAAGAAGUGGCUCGCUGAGGGCCAGGACCGGCUAAGAGAGGAGGAAGUGCAACGGCUCAGGGGUAACUGCGAGAGCAUCCGCCUGUCGGCCGAGCUGGGCCUGCGGCAGCCCACCUGGCUACAGGGUCGCUACAUGUUGGUGCGCUAUGAGGACGUGGCACGCUGGCCCCUGCAGAAGGCACGUGAGAUGUACCGCUUUGCAGGCAUACCCCUGACCCCUCAGGUGGAAGACUGGAUCCAGAAGAACACCCAGGCAGCCCGGGACAGCAACGGCAUCUAUUCCACACAGAAGAACUCUUCAGAGCAGUUUGAGAAGUGGCGUUUCAGCAUGCCCUUCAAGCUGGCGCAGGUGGUGCAGGCCGCCUGCGGCCCUGCCAUGCGCCUCUUUGGCUACAAACUGGUGCAGGAUGCCACCUCCCUCACAAACCGCUCCAUCAGCCUGCUGGAGGAACGUGGCACCUUCUGGGUCACAUAGGGAGCCUGGGACCACCCAUAUCCCUCCUC